AUGAGUAGCGAAGGAUUAAGCAGCACAGCUACAUUGAAUGGUGGCAGCACUGUUGCGGCAGUCUCGGCAAUCACUCAGAUUGCUGUGCCAAAAACACGCUCGCGAGAAGCGGUCGAUGCUUUCCUGCUCUCUUAUUCCUUUACGAUUGCGCCACUUCGAAUUUGCGCUGCUGUUGUGCAGCAAUGCAAGAUAGAAUUGACAAAAGUCGUCCUGAACGCUGUGUUAUUUUGCCCUACUGAAAGCUGGCUUGGCGAAAGUGUUAAGAAGCAUGGACAGACGUAG